GUACCAAAACAACCACCGGUUUCCGGAGCGAAUACUGAACCCUAGAUCAUUACACGCGCCGCUGUCAUCUCCUACUCCUGCAGGCGGAAUGAAGCGCCGCAACCGCGGAAAUCCUGCAUCGGAAAAUUCAAGCGCUGGCUAUCCGUCAAAGCGUAGAAGACGUUCUCAGUUGGGUUCUAGAAGAUGGGUUUACUCUUCCAAAGAUUGUUCUAAUUGCACGGAUAAGGUUGUAGUUGUUUCAUACAAUAUACUCGGUGUUGAAAAUGCCACAAAACAUCUGGAUUUGUAUUCUAAUGUUCCACGUAGUCUCUUGGAGUGGGACAGGCGGAAAGGGCUCAUACUUGAAGAGAUUAAUGACUAUAAUGCAAGCAUACUGUGUUUCCAGGAGGUUGAUCAUUUUAAUGAUUUGGAUGAUCUUUUCCAGACAAAUGGCUUUAAAGGUGUUUACAAGGCUCGCACAGGGGAAGCACACGAUGGGUGUGCUGUAUUUUGGAAAGAUAAAUUAUUCAAUCUUUUGCAUCAAGAAGAUAUAGAGUUCCGAAGAUUUGGCCUCCGUAACAAUGUUGCUCAACUUUGUGUUUUGGAGGUAAACCAUGAUAAACCAGAAUCUGGCACAUGUAACCUAUCAACAGUGGCACCUUCUACCAGAAAAAAAAGAUUUGUAGUAGGAAAUAUACAUGUACUGUUCAACCCAAAUCGUGGUGACAUCAAACUUGGCCAGGUCAGACUUUUACUUGAUAAAGCUUACCAUUUAUCACAAGAAUGGGGCAACAUCCCUGUUAUUAUUGCUGGGGAUUUAAAUAGUAUUCCACAGAGUGCAAUAUAUAAAUUUCUGUCUUCAUCCGAGUUAGACAUCCAAUUACAUAAUCGCAGAAAUAUGUCAGGACAGCUUGAAAUCCAGUCCAAGGGCAGAGUCUUCAGAUCACAGAUUGGUGAUGAUGCCAGGUUCAUUUCAACGUCUGUUUCAAGGCAGUUGCUAUAUAGAUGGACUGUGGAAGAACUAAGACUUGCAACUGGUGCAGAAGGUGUCACCCAUCUUCAGCACCAUCUCAAGCUCUGCAGUGCUUACAGUGGUGUUCCUGGAAACCAUAGAACGAGAGAUGAUAUUGGGGAGCCCUUGGCAACAUCGUACCACUCCAAGUUCAUGGGAACUGUUGAUUAUAUCUGGCAUUCCGAGGAACUUACUCCAGUUAGAGUUCUUGAAACCUUGCCCAUUGAUAUUCUUAGAAGAACUAGGGGACUCCCUAGUGAGAAAUGGGGAAGUGACCACCUUGCUGUUGUAUGUGAAUUGGCUUUUAGUUAGAAAUGACUUAGUGACCACCUUGUAUGUGUCCUGAUUGCAUCAGUUUGCAAUUCCAACCCUAUGCUGAAUGUUCUCAUUCUUCAAAUCUUUCUGUAAUACUAUGUAUGAGUUAUGAGCCUUAAGCUGAUUAACAAGUAUGGAGAUUGAGUAAAGUUAAAGCAUUGCCACCAUUGAAGAUCUCAUUGAGUCGUAGUUGAUUCCACUCUCUAUCCCUUUCAAAACCUUGUUUUGCUCGGUUCAUUGCUUUCACAGUAAAGGAGCAUCAUGAGAUCAAACUGUGAACUCCACCUGAUAUUUUGAAAGUUGCAACAGAUCUGCAAACUCUCCUUCCUAGCUCAGAUGUUGCUUGGAAAUGCUUUAAAAUUCAUCAAGAACUUUCUGGAUAGUGAACAUGCUAGGUAACCACUGAUUAUGAGGUUCAGAGAGCAGUUGGUAUAUAUCUAAAAUAUUUUAAUGCUCUGAACAAAUUGAGUGCUAUUGUAACUUAUCUUUUGAAGAGUUUUCUCAAUAAUUGCAGCACUUUCAAUCAGGAACUCCAGUUCUCCAAAAACUAUGUUGACGAGUUAUCAAAUUAUGAGAUAUUGCUUUCUACCCGGGUUUUUGGGGGAGUGGGUGUCCCUGUUUAGGGCUAAUGCUCCUAAUUAUACAUUGUAGCUCCUGGUAUC